AUGUUUGCAAGAAACGCCAACAACGCUGCUACCGAGCAAUUCCUCUCUGUCCCAAGCGACUGGGAGAAAUGGGAGAAGGUCUUUCGAGCAAAAAUGGAGCAAAAGGAUCUUCUCGAGUAUCUAAAGGGGAAGAAAGACCUCAUGCAGAAACCCGAGAUGCCAGAUAACGCGCCUACUUUCCCAACGUUAGAGAAUCUCCGAGCAAGGAACGGUGGGCAAGAGAACGAGCCAUCUUCACAAACUGAGGAUGGGUCAACCUCUCAGCAAAUACCAACAAUCGCUACUGCGGCUGAGAGAGCAGCGCUCAAAGCAUGGAAAGAAGAUUAUAAGGAAGAAUUAGCACACUUUAACCUGGAGCUCGGGCUUCACCGUACCAAGAUGACUCUCUACGAGACGGAACGAAAGCACCUCGAUGAAGUGGCUGCUUGGAUGCAGUCAACCGUUAGCAAUGACCUCAAAGAAACGUGUCUCGGCGAAGGAAUUGACGUUCGAUCCGGAUAUGAGAAUUUGAAGAAAUUCUUUGGUCGUACAGUGAUGACUAUUGCUCACGAAUUAGGGGACCAAUACAAAAAGCAUAUGAAGCCAUUCCAACAGUGGCCUAAGGAUACGAACACUUGGGUAUCUGGAUGGCUAACGCUUAUGCAAAAGGGGAACCAACACAAUCUAUCAUUUGCUACAGAUCCCAUAAACUGGACCAAGGAUUUCUUUGAAGCCUUUUAUAAAAUCGACGCCUCUUGGGUGACUACUAUUCGAACCAUGUACAGCGGAAAAAUUGAAGAUAAAACAGUCACCUAUCUCGAUUUCUCACGACAACUUCAAGAGCACUCUCGGCUCAAGAAUCAAACAACAUCUCGAGGAGGCUUCCAACGGGGAGCCUUUAAUACGAAUCACGACCACGAUACUCGCUCUGACGAGGAGGACAGGGAGGAUAAUAACAAAGACAACGACAAGGAGUCAGGCCAAAGGAAGAGAAAAGGCAAUAAGAAUUAUCAACCAGCACGAGCAAGCAGCGGUCCUGCAUGCAUUGGAUGCGGACAACGUCAUUCAGCCUACAGAUGCUUUUAUCUUUUUCCUGAUCUAGCCCCAUCUCGAUGGAAGCCUAAUCCAGAGAUCAAAGCGAUUACAGAAAAGAAUCUUCAAGACAAGAAGAUUCGUGAAGAAGUUGAGGAUAUGCUCAAGAGGCUCACAAGCACAAGAUUGAACGAGAUACAAAAGAUGAACAACAAGAAAGGAAAGAAUGCAGAAGAUUUCUAUAUCGCUAUCCAAGCUUCAUUUACGGCUACAGGUUAUAUUCUAUAUUGGUCAGCUAUCCUCGAUUCAGGUUCUACGAUUCACGUUUUCCACGAUAUCUACCGCUUCGAAAAUUAUCGAGUAGCACUGCCUGGAGAUUUCUUGUGGGCCGGCAAAUCAAAGGUCAAAAUAGAAGGAUAUGGCGAAGUUGUUAUACAAAUAAGAGGACAGAAUGGGAAGAGUGUCCCUAUCCGUUUAUAUAAUGUGGCUUAUUGCAAGGAUUUUGCAACCAAUUUGGUGUCAAUGCAAGCACUUUGGAAAAUGGGAUACUAUUGGGAUCAGCGCCCUUCGCACCAUUGCUUACGAAGGAAUGACGGCCGCUUCGUCGGUUAUAUUCAACAACGCCAUGGUCAAUUUACUGGGAGGAAUCCACGAAAAGCAGAUAUCCAGAGAUGGCACCUGCGACUCGGACAUCCAGGACCUCAAGCACUGGAGCAUCUUGCCAACGCAUCUCGAGGGGUGCGAAUAACUGGAUUAUCCUCGAAGACAAAUCUCAAGAAAGGUGAAGGAAUCAAAACAGUGGAAUGUGACGCAUGCGGCACAUCAAAGGCGAAGCGUCAAAUUAGUCGAGUGCCUCGUCAACAUCCAGAUAAACCAGGUGAACGUAUUGCGCUUGAUUUUCAUGACUUUGAACCCAGCACAUUAUCACAAUAUAGUUCUGUGAUGCUUGUUACAGAUCGAUAUUCAGGAUACAUCUGGGAUUAUAAUCUCACCGACCGAACCGCUGAGACAAUUCUUGCUGCGCUUAAGGAUUUACUCGGGAGAUUAGAUGCUCAAUAUGGAAUCAUACUACACGUCGUGGAGUGCGAUAAUGAGAUAUAUAUGAAGCGGUUCCUAGUGAGGAAAUACCUUGAAGAAGACUUGUUCAUACGAAUCGAGCCUUCACCUCCGCACACGCAGGCGCUAAACGGCGCAGGCGAACGCUCGGGGGGUGUAAUCAAGGAUAAAGGAAGAGGUAUGGCUGCAAGCAGAAGACUUACACAAGAUUUAUGGCCGGAGAUCAAUCGCUGUGCGGUUUACCUCUACAAUCGCACGCCGAGGUACGAAUCGAAUUGGAAGACCCCGUAUGAGGUUUUUCACACGUAUCUCGCGCUUCAAAAUGGCAAGGUCUUCGAAGAUAUGAAGCCAAAUCAAGCACAUCUUAGAGUCUAUGGGUGCAAGGUGUAUUCGCUCACAACCAAAUAUAUGAAGAAAGAGAAACGGCUCCAGAGAUAUCACCCCAAGGCUUGGAUAGGAUUUCUUGUCGGAUACGAUUCCACGAACAUAUUCCACAUUUGGAAUCCAAAGCUAGGAGUUGUCGUCAGCGCUCGGGAUGUUAUUUUCAAUGAGGAUGAAGUUUUUGAUGGCAAUGUGGAUAAGCUGCGUAAUGACCUUGCUACCACUACAAUUGAUGAGAUUGCUGAACUGCUUAAUAGUGUACAGAUUCUAAAUGAUGACUUUCAAAGCACUACGGUUGGGGGACCGUCCUGGACGCGGGAUGACGAACCUAUCCUGAACGCUAAGGAAGAAGGCCUCAAUCCUCGUAUCGACGUCAAAUCGAACUCGAGAAUUGUUGAAGCCGAAGAGAAUGCUCACCUACGGGUAGAGGGUAAACCACUUGAUGCUCACCUACGGGUAGAGGGUAAACCAUUUGAUGCUCACCUACGGGUAGAGGGUAAACCUGACAUCGACCUACGGGUUGAGGGGCUGACUGGCGCACCGACUGCAGCGGGAACUGACGCCAGGGUCCUCGUCGAGGAUGAAGCAAUUCAUCCCGAUGGAAUCAAUGAUAUUGAAAAGGAUAUUCCUUAUCCAACGCCACCGGAUUCACCUCCGGCGGCGCUCAUGAGCGCUACUAUCCAAAAUCCGGUCAAAGAGGAACUGAGUGAAAGCAGUUAUCUUGAUACGGCAUGGAGAAAAGUGACUACAUGGGAAGCAGCCUUUUAUACAGGCACUUGCCAUAAAAUAUAUGGUUCACGCGAUGGAAAGCCCUUCAACCGUUCAUCUUUGAGAAGAAUCCUGCGCUCUACAACUGGCUUACAGGUCUUUUACAUGGAUAAGAAGCCUGCAGCGAGGGAGCGCAUAAAGGAUAUCCUGGAUAGCGGAAAGGAGCUUAAAAAUCUGCACAGAAAUAUGCUUCCUGCACCGCCAAAGAGGCAUGAGGAUUUGAAAACUCAUGAACUUGGCGAACUAUUCCUAGAGGCCGAAAAAGAUCAUCUCCGCAGCCAUAAACCCACUAACUCAUGGUCAAAAGUCCCAUCUUACUAUGCAAAAGGGAGACAGGUGCUUGAUUGCAUGUGGGUGUACGUUUACAAGUUUGAUAAGCAUGGUAGGCUCGCUAAGUGUAAGGCACGUAUUGUUGUACGUGGGGAUCAACAAGUUGGUCUUCAUCAAAGCGAUACGUAUGCCGCCACCCUAGCUGCAAGGUCGUUCAGAACCUUUAUGGUAAUUGCCGCUCGCUUCGACUUAGAAAUGUUACAAUAUGAUGUGGUGAAUGCCUUCGUUCAUGCCCCGAUUCAGGAAACGGUGUUUAUGAGGAUACCACCGGGUUAUCGACAUCUCUACCCGGGACAGGUUUUGAAGCUGAAUAAAGCGUUAUACGGCUUACGAACUUCGCCGCUACAAUGGCAGAAAACGUUGACUGAGUCGUUAUGGAAAUUGGGCUUCAAAUCGGUGCCUCAUGAGCCGUGCUGCAUGCUCAAAAAUGGGAUAUUAAUUUUCUUUUAUGUUGACGAUAUUGUCCUCGCUUAUAAGAAAGGAAAAGAAUAUGAAGCGAAAGGACUCAUGGAGGAUCUGAAGAAAGAAUAUACAAUCACUGGAGGAGAAGACCUUCAGUGGUUUCUAGGAAUCUGUAUUUUACGAGAUCGCGAGAAAAGACUCAUAUGGCUAAGUCAAGCCUCAUAUAUUGACAAGAUUAUAAAGCUUGCUGACUCCCAACCAAUUCAUGAGACUCCAAUGAAAAAGGAAGAGCUUCUUCCUUACGACGGGAGAGCAAGCCCUGCCUCUAUUCACAGUUAUCAACGGAAAGUCGGAUCUCUAAUGUAUGCCGCUGUAAGCACGCGCAUUGAUAUUGCUUUCGCCGUAUCUCGAUUAUCCCGUUUCCUCAUAAAUCCGUCACCUUCGCACCAUCUUGCCGCCGAUCGAGUCCUCUUGUACCUGCAAGAUCACCGUCAUUUCGCUCUCCAACUCGGGGGUGGGGAUGACUUUACAGUCGCAAGCGACGCAUCGUUCGCAGAUAACUCACUUGACCGCAAAAGUUCGCAAGCGUACGUUAUGACGUUAUAUGGAGGUGUGACGGGAUGGCAAGCAAAUAAGCAAAAUACGGUAACAACAUCGACUAUAGAGGCAGAAUUGUUAGCGCUAUCGCAGGCAGCGAAGGAAGGGAUAUAUGUGAUGCGUUUAUUGAAGGAAUUGGAUAUUAAGUUGGAGAGUCCCAUACUGCAUCUGGAAUGUGAUAAUCAGCAAACAAUUAGCCUCAUUGAGAAGGAUAUCGUGACUCUCAAAACCCGGCUUCGGCAUGUGGAUAUACACCAUCACUGGCUUCGACAAGAGCACCAAGAAGGACGCGUGCAAGUUGAUUACGUUCCCACGAGAAAAAUGAUCGCGAACGGGCUCACUAAGGCACUUGGAAAGGGUGAAUUCGAUGAGUUCUUAAAGCAAGUGGGCAUGACCGACGUGUCAUCUUAUAUUGAGGAGCAAAAAGAGGACGUGCAGGAGAUGGAUAUAGACACGAUAUUUGACUCCCUGCAAAUAUGAGUCAACAAACAGAUCAAAUAUGAGACAGCUAAGGAGGUGAAAAGUUGGUUGAAGUUGAAGCUAUUCGCAUAUCCCGGCUGAGAACGGUCAGCCUGCCUACGGUGCGGCUGAGGGGGUGUGUUGGAAGCCUGGUGUUAGGUAUCUGUUGGACGGAAUGGUAUUUUUCAGAUGCUCCGGAUUUCCAACAAGGUAUAGAAUCCCAAAGCCAACCUCAAACAUAUAAACCUUCACCUGGUGCACCUGAAACUUGA